AACAGUAAGGUCCUACUGAGAUCUCUCCAUAUGUUCUUCCUGAAAUAAUAAAGGUUUUUUCCCUUCUUUUUCUUUGUCAUCUCAAAGCCAAAGAAAAAGGGAAACCAGCUUUAUCUGCUUGCGAAGCAUUGUGUAAUAACAGCAGAUGGAAACAUAUGCUUAAGCCUCCUUUCCCUCCAUCAAAACAUAUGCUGCCUGCCAUGGAAACAGAAGAUGAGGAGAGGCCCCUGCUUCUUCUCCAACCUCCCCAGGUUGCAGGUUCAGAGUAUACCAGGGAUGGAUCAGUUGAUAUCAACAAACAGCCCGCUCUCAAGCACAGCACAGGGAGAUGGAGGGCAUGCUUCCUCAUCUUAGGUGUCGAAUUCUGCGAGUGCCUGGCCUUCUUCGCAAUCUCCAAGAAUCUCGUGACCUACCUCACCACUGUCCUCCACGAGAGCAAGGUCGCCGCGGCGAGAAACGUCUCUGCGUGGGUCGGAGCUUGUUUCUUCACGCCAGUUUUCGGGGCGUUCAUCGCAGACACUUACUGGGGAAGAUACUGGACGAUUGUUGUUUUCUUCCCAGUAUACGUCGUCGCAAUGCUCGUUCUGAUAGCAGCUGCGUCACUCCCAGUGUUCUCAGCACCUUCCUCCCACGGUGAUGUCCAUCGUGCAGUGGUUUACCUUGGACUCUACCUUGCUGUCCUCGCGAGCGGUGGCGUCAAGCCCUGCGCAUCAACCUUUGGGGCUGACCAGUUUGACAUCAACGACCCGGUGGAGCGGGCCAAGAAGGGCUCCUUCUUCAACUGGUACUACUUCCUCAUCAGCACCAGCUCCCUGCUGUCCGGCACGGUGAUCGUUUGGCUGCAGGACAAUGUUGGCUGGGCGGUCGGCUACGCGAUCCCGACGAUGCUCAUGCUCUGCUCUUUCGCUGCGUUUCUCGCUGGCUCGAGGGUGUACAGGUUUAGGGAAAUGAAGGCAAGCCCCCUCGCGAGCCUAUCUCAGGUGGUUGUUGCAACUGUCAGGAACUGGCACUUGAAGUUGCCGGAUGAUAGCAAACUUUUGUAUGAGCUGCCUUCUGCAACCGAUGCAAGUCACAAGAUUAAGCAUUCCAAUCAAUUCAGGUUCUUUGACAAGGCUGCCAUUGUAUCGGCCCCAUCGGACAGUGAAUUCACGGCGCCGACGAGCCCAUGGAGGCUCUGCACAGUGACACAGGUUGAGGAGCUGAAGAUGCUGCUACGGACGUUCCCCAUCUGGGCGUCUUUCGUGAUCUUCUAUGCAGUCAGCGCACAGAUGGCAUCGACGUUGGUUGAGCAGGGCAUGUUCAUGGACAACCGUGUUGGUUCGUUCGCCAUCCCGCCUGCAUCCCUCACCAUUGUUAGCGUGCUCAGUAUCCUCUUCUGGGUCCCCGUAUAUGAAACCGUACUAGUGCCACUGGCGCGGCGCCUCACCGGCAACGACAAGGGUUUCUCGCAGUCGCAGCGCCUUGGUAUUGGCCAGGCGCUAUGCAUGCUCUCCAUGGUGUACGCAGCGUUGCUCGAGGCGAGGAGGCUCGCGAUCGCACAAGCCAACGGCUUGACAGAUCAGAGUGUGCCCGUGCCAAUGAGCAUCCUGUGGCAGGCACCAGUUCACUUGGUGCACGGCGCCGCCGAAGUCUUCGCCGGUAUCGGCGUGACCGAGUUCUUCUACGACCACGCCCCAGAGACUAUGAAGAGCCUGUGCGCAGCGCUCGGGCAGCUUGCGCUCGCGUCUGGAUCUUACUUCAACUCGCUCGUGCUCGGCAUUGUCGCAGUGGCCACAGCACGCGGCAGGGCGCCCGGGUGGAUUCCGGACAACCUGAAUGAAGGCCACCUGGACUAUUUCUUCUGGAUGAUGGCCACUCUUAGCUCACUGAAUCUGGCUCUGUUUGUGCAUUACUCGAUGAGGCACAGAGGGAAGAUAACUCGUUGACCCAACAAGGAUGCUUGUCAAUACUUUCAUAUACGGGCCUGACAAGAAUUGAGAAAUGAGAGUAAAUUGCCCUUUUCAUCUACUAAUGAAUAAGCUUAAUCUGUAAAUAUUUAUGUCAGGGAUGUAAUCUUUUCUGUAAAAUGUAGCAGAGUGCAGCUCCGGAACUCCUCGCAAUCUGG